CGGCUCUGAAUAUGAAAACACCAAUUACCAAUCCCACCACCUACCCAACCCAACAGUUAUCUUCCCAAUUCUUAAAUCGCCUCUUCAUUUCCCCCCCCGCCCCUCACUUUCUCGGCUUCUCACCGCCGUAGGCCACCCACUACACCUAGACCGAGAGAGAGAGAGAGAGAGAGAGAGAGAGAGAUGGGGUUAGGAAAGAGGCCGAUCCAAGCGGCGUCGUUAUGGGUGAGGAGACAGCCGCCCAAGGUGAAGGCGUUCCUUGCGGUGGUGACGGGGAUGGCGGCGCUGGUGUUGCUGCGUGUCAUCGUACACGAUCACGACAACCUCUUCGUCGCCGGCGAAGCCGUUCACUCCAUUGGCAUCUGCGUCCUCAUCUACAAACUCACCAAGGAAAAAACUUGCGCAGGACUCUCACUUAAAUCACAGGAACUAACAGCGCUGUUUUUAGCUGUUAGGCUGUACUGCAGUUUUGUCAUGGAAUAUGAUAUACAUACCUUGCUUGAUUUAUCCACAUUGGCUACAACUCUAUGGGUUAUUUAUAUGAUGCGUUUUAAUCUUAAGUCAAGUUAUAUGGAGGACAAAGACAACUUUGCAAUGUAUUAUGUGGUGGUGCCAUGUGCGGUAUUGGCUUUGUUAGUCCAGCCGUCAACUUUGCAUACUUUUAUCAACAGAUUCUUUUGGGCUUUCUGUGUAUACCUGGAAGCUGUUUCUGUAUUACCCCAACUUCGUGUCAUGCAAAACUCAAAGAUUGUUGAACCAUUCACGGCUCAUUACGUAUUCGCAUUAGGUGUUGCCAGGUUCCUGAGCUGUGCUCACUGGGUUCUACAGGUUUUGGACAGCGGUGGCCGUUUGCUGACAGCUCUAGGUUACGGGUUAUGGCCUUCGAUGGUUCUUAUCUCGGAAAUCGUUCAGACUUUCAUACUAGCAGACUUCUGCUACUACUAUGUUAAAAGUGUUUUCGGAGGACAACUUGUGCUACGUCUUCCUUCUGGAGUUGUGUAAUUGAAGAUCAUACGAAGCAUGAUCGGCAUUGACCCGGAACUUAAAAUAGUCAUACGAUUUUCAUUUCGGUUCUUUUGCUCAUAUGAUUCCUGUUAUCGGACUUGGUUGCAUAUGAGAUCAGGGAUCAAUUUUCUUGCUCUGAUAUCAUGGUUUUUGGUUAAGCACUAA